GCGCACCCCUGAAACACUGAUGUGGACUGUUUACGCUCUCCUCUCGAAACGGCUCUAGACACGGCUCUCGACACGGCUCUCGACAGUCUAUGGACACCGCUCACGGCUCACGGCGGCCCCAGAACAGACUUUACACUUCAUUCUUAGUGUAGGACCCACGGUCCGCGCGAGUGCCCUGCCCCCAACUGACACACGGACAAUACACUGCGGCCACAACAGCACCAGUCCGGGGAUGGAAACAGGCGAGCACGGUCAGUGAUGGUGCAGAGGGCUGUAGUCUGAAGCAGGAUGGAGGACAAAUACGGCAGUAACGUCCUGUCAGGAGGGAAGCUAGGCAUGGUAGAGGCCUCAGACUCCAGACUGACACGGUACUUGGUGCUGUUGGUGCUCUCCAAGGUGCUAAAAGCUGUGGGGAUCUUCGAGGCAUAUGACAUCCUCAGAGUGGUGCACAUUGUCCACUUCAUCUUCAUCCUCAAAUUGGGGAGUGCUGUGAUCCUGCUGUUGUUUCAAAAGCCCUUCUCUUCUGGAAAGCCCAUCUCCAAGCGGCAGUGGAUUAAGCUGUUCAAACACGCUGUAUUUAGCUGCAUUGUGUCUCUGCUGAGCUUCUUUGGCCUGACGCUCUGUGGUCCUCUCAGAACGCUGCUACUGCUGGAGCACAGUGACGUGGUGGUCAUUGCUCUCCUGUGUGUCCUGUUCACCAGCUCUGGAGGAGGACCCUCAAAGACCCGAGGAACAGCUUUCUUCAUCAUCGCCGUCAUCUGCCUGCUGCUCUUUGACAACGAUGACCUCAUGGCCAAGAUGGCAGAGCACCCGGAGGGACACCACGACAGUGCGCUCACCCACUUCCUCCAUACUGCCAUCGCUUUUCUGGGCGUCGCUGAUCACAAGGGAGGAGUGGUGCUGCUCGUGGCCUCUCUCUGCCUGAAGGUGGCGUUCCAUACAGCUUCCAGGAAGCUGUCAGCGGAAAUGGGCGGGCCUAAGCGUCUAUAUGCCCUGGAUAACCUGGUGUCGUCUGCAGUGCUGCUGCCCUGGGUCCUAGUGCUGUCGGUCACCACUGAGAGUAAGGUGGAGUCAUGGGGGUCCCUGUUGCUGCCCCUGCUCAUGGUUGUCCUAUGUGUGAUGAUCCUGGACUUCUAUGUGGAGGCUGUGUGUAGUGCUAAGAUGGAGGCUCCCCGGGUGGCUCGCUGUGGCUCUGCAGCUCUGGUGUUCUCCGCUCUGGUCCUGGCUCACUUCUGGACACACCCCCUGACCGAUCAGCUGAUGAACCUGAGCAGAGGUCCCACCCAAAGCACCGAGCAUGUGCUGUCAGGAGGAGUCAUCGUCAGUUCCUCCUUCUUCAUCCUGGCCUCCAAUAUCCUGGCGGCCCCAUCCCGGCAAGGACAGAAGGGCACUCUGGUGGGCUACUCUCCGGAGGGCACCCCUCUCUAUAACUUCAUGGGUGACGCGCUGCAGCAGACCUCUCAGUCCCUGCCCCGCUUCAUCAAAGACUCUCUCAAACAGAUUCUGGAGGAGUACGACUCCAGACAGAUCUUCUACUUCCUCUGCCUCAACCUGGCGUUCACAUUUGUGGAGUUGUUCUACGGUGUGUGGACCAACAGUCUGGGUCUAAUUUCUGAUGGCUUCCACAUGCUCUUUGACUGUUCUGCUCUGGUGCUCGGGCUUUUCGCAGCCCUGAUGACGCGGUGGAAGGCCACGCGCAUCUUCUCCUAUGGGUACGGUCGUGUGGAGAUCCUGUCCGGCUUCAUUAACGGCCUCUUCCUGAUGGUCAUAGCUUUCUUUGUGUUUAUGGAGUCGGUCACUCGCCUGUUAGACCCACCCAUCAUCAACACGGACAUGCUCACUCCCGUGUCAGUGGGGGGGCUGCUGGUCAACCUGGUGGGCAUCUGUGCCUUUAGCCACGCCCACAGCCACGGAGGAAAGAGCUGCUCAUCACAUGACCACGGGCACUCUCACCAUGGUCACUCUCACCACGCCCACUCCCACAGCGAGCACGGGCACGGGGGGCACGGGCACGGGGGGCACGGACACGGAGGGCUUGGACAGGGAGGACAUGGGGGACAUGGAAGUCAUAGCCACGGAGGACACGGAAACUCCUACAGCUCUGGAGGUGGCAUGAACGCCAACAUGAGGGGAGUGUUCCUUCACGUCCUGGCCGACACUCUGGGCAGCGUGGGCGUUAUUAUCUCCACCAUCUUGAUACGUCAGUUUGGCUGGCUCAUUGCUGACCCCAUCUGCUCGCUAUUCAUUGCCACGCUCAUCUUCAUCAGUGUGCUGCCUCUGCUCAAAGAUGCCUGUGAGGUGCUACUGCUGAGGACCCCCCAUGAGCAUGAGAAGGAGCUUAAUACCGCUCUGGAGAAGAUAGACAAGAUCGAGGGUGUGAUCUCCUACAGAGAUUCUCACUUCUGGAGACACUCGGCCAGCAUCAUGGCUGGCACCAUCCACAUCCAGGUGUUGCCCAACGUGGUGGAGCAGCGCAUUGUACAGCAGGUGACCUCUAUACUGAAGGAUGCAGGAGUGAACAACCUGUCAGUGCAGGUGGAGAAGGAGGCCUACUUCCAGCACAUGUCUGGCCUCAGCACGGGCUUCCAGGACGUGCUCCAUCUCACGCAGCAGAGGGGCACCAUCACUCAGCUGCAUGAUGGGACCUGCAUCAUGUGACCUGUGCCAUGUAACCUAUACCACUGUCCUGGGCCAUGUGACCUGGAGUGUAGACAUCCAUAGACCCCACUGUUUACCAUUCCGAGAUGAUUUACUUCAAAAUCCUGAAAAGUGAAUGCUUUAGCUGCACUGACUGUUAUGGCAGUAUGGGAUCAAUGCAGCCAUUGGCGUCGCCUGAUACCAGAAUCAUGUGACCUGCACCAUGUGACCAGGACAUGAUCAAAUGGGACUUCCUCCCUUGUUUUACUCUGUAUAGUGCGUGAAUGUUUUAAUAAAAGGAAUUCUAUUGGGUA